UAGAGACUUUCAGUGAAUAUAGUCUACUGCUUUAGUGAUGGAAAAUAUUUUCAACCUUAUAAUUAAAUCACUGAAAUAAUCAAAUCCGAUAUGUGUAUUAUGUUCAACUUUAGAGAGAGAGAGAGAGGUGAGAGCAAUCCCACAUUCUGAGUGACCCAUGAAGCAGAGAGCCCUAAAAGGAGAACUUGCAUAAGGAAAAGAAGCAUCUUGAAGGCAAAGCAGAGUCUAUUCUUUAAAGGGGCAGUGAUUUGGAUUUGAAACAAGGUUUGAGAUGGAGGAAGUGAUUGGAGCCAGAUUGUACAGUUGCUCUAAUUGUAGAAACCAUGUUGCUCUUCAUGAUGAUGUCAUUUCAAAGGCCUUUCAGGGAAAAAGUGGACGAGCAUUUCUGUUUGGUCAUGCAAUGAACGUUGGUGUAGGAGCAAAAGAAGACAGGGAACUGAUGACGGGUCUCCACACAGUAGCUGAUGUGUACUGUUGUGAUUGCCAUGAGGUGCUUGGUUGGAAGUAUGAACGUGCCUAUGAGGAUUCUCAGAAGUACAAGGAAGGCAAGUUUGUACUUGAGAAGUCCAAAAUUGUCAGGGAAACCUAACCUGCUUAUGGCAUCUAUUCAUAUCAACACAUUAUUUUUUUUAUUUUUAUAUAAAUUGUCGAUGCUCAUCACUAUCACUUCUGCUUGGCCAGUACUCGAAUUUUCGGUUUCAAAGGAAAUGAAACUUAGAUUUAUUGGAAAGACCAGUAUGUUGAUUUAAGAAAUCGAAGACUUUCACCCUUUUGUUUUGGCCAAUUGCUCUUUGGAAUAUCAAGUUGAAAGGAAUAGUUUUUAGUUAGAUAUACUAUUGUUUUAUG